AUGGACCCACGAGCCAGUAGAAGCCAAUCUAGUAGCAGAAGAGAUCCGGCAAUGAGAGUAGAAGGGGAAGAAGAGUUUCAAGAAGAAGACGUGUGGUUUAUGGAAACACUAAGAGCAACUAAAGGAGUAGUCAUAAUUUGCAUUCUCAUGAUGAUGAUGAUGAUGGUCGCAUGGUUCCUCCACAUGAAUGGGUUGCACGAAAGACAGCCGAUCUCAUCUCCUUCGUCUUUGCCACUUCCUUCUGUUUAUCGUCUCAAGUCUGUGCAAUCAAACCUCCAUCAAAGGGGCAUAGGUGGUCUGGGUGCAGAGUUUGCUGAUAUAUUUAGAAGAGCUUUUGCGUCUCGUGUAUUUCCACCUCAUGUCACGAGCAGAUUGGGGAUAAAGCACGUUAAGGGAAUGCUUCUUUUUGGACCUCCUGGUACAGGAAAAACCCUUAUGGCACGGCAAAUUGGAAAGAUGCUGAAUGGAAAGGAUCCAAAGAUCGUUAAUGGUCCUGAGGUGCUGAGCAAGUUUGUUGGUGAGACAGAAAAGAAUGUAAGAGACUUAUUUGCUGAUGCUGAGCAAGACCAGAGGACCCUUGGUGAUGCGAGUGAGUUACACGUCAUUAUAUUUGAUGAAAUCGAUGCUAUUUGUAAGUCAAGAGGCUCGACCAGAGAUGGCACAGGUGUCCAUGAUAGUAUUGUGAACCAGCUUUUGACAAAGAUAGAUGGUGUGGAGGCCUUGAACAAUGUUUUGCUUAUUGGAAUGACAAACAGAAAGGAUUUGCUUGAUGAAGCUCUUUUAAGGCCGGGAAGAUUGGAGGUUCAAGUUGAGAUAAGCCUUCCUGAUGAAGCUGGACGUUUCCAAAUUCUUCAGAUUCACACAAACAAGAUGAAGGAAAUUUCUUUCCUUGGUCAUGAUAUCAAUCUCCAAGAGCUUGCUGCUCGAACAAAAAAUUACAGUGGGGCGGAGCUUGAAGGUGUUGUUAAAAGUGCUACAUCAUAUGCGUUAAACAGACAGUUAAGCAUCGAUGAUCUUACAAAGCCAGUGGAAGAAAAGAAUAUUAAGAUCACGAUGGAGGAUUUUCUCCAUGCAAUCCAUGAAGUUCAGCCUGCCUUUGGAGCCUCCACAGAUGACCUGGACAAGUUUGGUGUGAGGUCAAUCAGGGACAAUAACGAUGAACUAAUGUUUGCUGUGUACCUACAAGUUAGUAACAUCAGCCAAGCGCUUAUAUUCGUCACGAGGUCAAGGAGUUGGUCAUUCGUUGAACGUCCUGGGGCGCUUCUGAUGAUUGCAUUCAUCAUUGCACAACUGGUGAAGGGUAUAGGUUGGGGAUGGGCUGCUGUGAUUUGGGUUUACAGUAUUUUAACAUACAUCCCACAAGACAUUUUGAAGUUUGCCAUUAGAUACAUCUUGAGUGGAAAGGCUUGGGUCAGCAUGUUUGACAAAAGGAGCGCUCUGACGACCAGGAGAGAUUACGGUGCUGGAGAAAGACAAGCUGAGUGGGCGAGAGAACAAAGGACGCAGCAUGGUCUGCAGACAAGACAAGAGGUCAACGUCUUCCCAGAGAACGAGGGUUACAGAGAGCUGUCUCAGAUCGUUGAGCUUAGGGAGAUUCACACAUUUAAGGGACAUGUUGAAUCAGUCGCAAAGCUAAAGGGCAUGGACAUUGAUACAUCAGGACAUCACUACACUCUGUAG